AUGGUGACCCCCGCCAUGGCGGGGCCCAUGAAAAUGCGGGAAGAGGCGGCGAACGGUGAACGCGCCGAGUGGCUUGGCUUGGCUGCUCGGAAUGAGCGCGUUUUGCUCGUCAAUGAAUGUUCGCUCCCGACGUCAUCCGAGAACAACCACCACCCUCAAUCCGGAGUGUGCGCCACCCACUCAUCCCGCUUCGCCGCAUACCACCACCACUACUCUUGUACUCGCAGCAUCCAUCAAGCUGACGCUGAAUCUCCCUCGUCACGUCGUUCCCCUCACUCUCUCAACAUGGAUGCCGAAUCACCAUUCCUCUUCCUCCCUCACCCCUCUCCUCCUUCUUUGCGACACCAGACUGGCCGUCAUCGCCCGCCUAAGGAAUCCCCUUACACCAAGCCUACGGCGGCGGGCAGGUCGUUGUCGAGCCGCAUCAGCGGCCCACCUGGCUCGUCUGGGUCGUCCACUCGGCCCAAGCGAGGGGCCACCAACAUCAACCCCAGGCGCAACCCCGAGGGCACGCCGGACGUGCUCAAUGACCGCAACCCCAGGCGCCAACAGGUCCAGCAGCAGCAACACAGCAAGUUUAACGAGGUCUUGAAGACCGAUGGCUUCAAGGCAUGGCUGCAGAGCCGUCUCAUCGCUCCCGGUGUUCUCGACAUGUCGAACCUCAACGAGGACCUCUACCUCAAAGAGCAGGGUAUCCUCCCUCCUGGCGACAAGGACGCACCUACCAACGUUGGCCAUGUCCUCUGGAAGAUGGCCUCCAACGUCCUUGAAACCCCUACCGACCGAAUCCACACCCUUUCUCUUGCCCGGAACGGCUUCAGGAGCCUGCACCAGCUCCAGCGCCUGCCUAUAUGCCUGCCGUAUAUCCGCGCUCUCGACCUCAGCGACAACCCGGUCCCCAAGAGUGACGAGCUCAAGCACCUCCAGUCUGCCGGCGAGCAAAGGGGCAAGGCGUCCACUGGCAUCGGCAGUCUCAAGAGUCUCGUGGAGCUCAAGCUUAACGGCGUCAAGUUCCGUGAAGAGUACCUCACCCAGCCCAAGGGCGCUGAGGCUUACCAACACGACGUCCUCCGCCGCUUCCCGGGUCUGUUGAUCCUUGAUGGCGUACAGCUCAACCGCAUCGUCUUCCCCGUGACGCGCAAGCCUGUCGUCAGGCGUAUCGAGGCGGAGCGCAAGCAGUUGCUUGCCCGCCCUUUCUCGUUCCCCUUCGACGUCGCCGGGAGCUUUGAGGAGAACGAAGGCUGCCGCGCCACGGCCAUGAACUUUUGCCAAAUGUUCUUCCUCCUCUGGGACACGGACCGCAACGAGAUUGUGCACGCAUACCACCCCGAAGCGACCGUCUCGAUUGCAGCCAACACGCUCCCCAGCCGCUCGUUCCAGGCUACCGAGGUCUCGCGCUCGCGAUCGACUCGCCCUCAGCCUGUCUCGUUCGAGUCUUGGGUCAACCUUCCCGGCCGCAACUUUUUGCGUAGCUGCACCACCAUCGAGCAGCGCACCAACACCCUCAAGUCACCCAUGGACAUGCCCGAGUUUGUCCGAUGGCUCACCAAGAGCGUCCCCAAGACCAAGCACCCUCUCGAGGAUGCCUCCAAGUGGUGCAUCGAUGCCUGGUACUUUGACGAGACUCAAGAGCGCAUCUCGGUCGUCAUUCAGGCAGAGUUCCAGGAGCUGCCGUCUGGCACCUACCGCUCCUUCACCCGCACAUUCAUCCUCGGCGCAGCUCCCCACGGCUCCCUUGCUGCGGCCAAGAGCUGGCCAUGCAUCGUCCUCUCGGACGUCAUGGUCGUCCACUCGUACCUCGGCACCGGCUCCUGGGACUCCAAGUCGUCUCUGGCCUCGGGCGAUACCACGAUCGUGCCCCCAGCCGAACCCAACACUGCCGCUCCCGCCAGUGAUGCCCAGCAGGCUGUGCUGAUCGAGCAGUGCCGACUGCGGACGGGAAUGAACGCGACGUACUCUGCCAUGUGCCUCGCACAGAACGGGUGGGACCUCGAGCGCGCCGUCGUCAACUUUGGCGAGAUCCGCUCGUCCAUCCCGGCCGAGGCCUUUACACAGUAG